CGGGGCGGGCGGGCGGUCUCCCGGCAACGGGGCGGCCAUGGAGGCGCAGUCGCUGCCCGCGGCGCUGGCGCUGGUGGCGGGCGGCGGCGUGGGGCUCAGCCCGGAGAAGCGGGCGGCGCUGGGGCUGUCGCUGCCGCUGCUGCAGCGCGACUACCGCUUCGAGCGGGUCUGGUUCUGGGGCUGCAUCCAGGGCGUGCGCGGCGCCUACUACAUCGCCGAGGGGCUGCGCCCCAACCGCGCCGCGCCCCGCAUCCGCCUCUACAGCUUGAACUGCUUGGACUGGAGCCUCCUGGUACCGCCGACCAAGGAGAUGGUUGCGCAGGCCGAGCAGCUGAAGGGCCGCUUUCAGGGGGAUCCUUCUUUCGAGUACAACUUCGCCGAGAUAAACCCACAAGCUGCUGAGAAAUUGUUUGAAGGUGGUAAGGAGCCCGUGAUCAAGGAGGAGGCCCGCCUCAUAGCUACGAUAGAACUGAUAGACAGAGCAGUUGGUAUCGUCCCCCGGGGGGCAUUUGUGAAGACUCCUCUUGGGUCCGUGCAUGAAAACAGACACUUUGAAGGUCUGUCUUUGGUGGAGGCAAAAAAGUUAAGUUCCUAUUUCCAUUUCACUGAGCCUGUUAACCUGAAGAAUAAAACCCUGCUGGAAAAGGCUAACCUGGACCCAUCCAUUGACUUUCUAGAUUCUUUGGAGCAUGAUAUCCCAAAAGAUCCUCUCUGGAGCAGUUACUGUCAGAAGUAGGAAUUGCCAAACUUACUGCAUCUACAAUUGUGACUGAAGCCAGAAUUGUCUCUGUCCUCAACAAAUACACAAGAAGUGGACUGUGGAUAUGCAACAUGGGAGUGAUGUUCCCAGCCUGCAAUAGCUGGAAUUCCCCUACAUUUUAAAAGACCUAAAGAACAGGACUGAGAGAUUCAGGGCUGAUUUUAACCUGUCUUAGAGUAAGAACUCUGUUGAAUAGUUUUCUCUAUUAAUUGGAGACUUAGCAUCUGUGAUGGCUGUCAAGGGGGUAACUGUCAUAAAAUGUAUGGUGUAUCAUUACUAGGAGAGCAGAGGUGUCUUACAGAAUGGAAAGUUGGAGGCAGAGAGAACAUUUUAUAUGACAGCUGAGAAGUGGGAAGAAAGGAAGUUAAAAGUGGGUUGAAUAAAGGCAACAAUGGUAAAAGCAGAGUUUAGUGCAAAACUGGAAAACCUGGAGGUUUUUAACAAAACUGUCUGCCAUCCUUAUCUUUACCAGUGAUAUCUGCGGUGUUUGCAGGUUCCAAAUUCUGUCUGUGUGUCUAUCUAUCAGGUUAUCUGUACACUUUUAAGAGUUCAGAAUAUAUCGAUGCUCCUCCUUUAAUCAUUCAGUGGGUCUGUCUGUUUAUUCUUGAUGUCUCAGCUCCCACAGACAAGUGAUGGUGUGACUUAGCUUUUAUUAAAAAAUACAUUUUUAAAAAUGAUUGUAGAGAAAAGUGUCUUGCCUCAAAAGCAUGAACGUGAAGGGGUUGCAAUGCUGAUCUUCUGACACUACAGUAUCAGAUCAUGUAAAGCUUCAUUCUGAUCCAAGUGGCCAGCUGGCCAGGACGUUGCAUGUUGGGAUCUGUAGGUUUUGCUGGCCAUAUGUCUGCAUUAAAGAUAAGCUUGUUUGCUCUAGUCUAAGCAGACAAUCUGCUCAACUUUAUGCACAAUUAGAUGUGGCCUUUCAGCUGCUGGCAUGUUGCCAGCAUGGUCCUCUCUGCUGCAUGCAAUUUGGAACCCUAAACAUACUAUUUCAGGAACUAGGCUUGUGGCAAUUUUACAUCUGCUUGUGGAUAAUGGAAUGGCAAAGCAAACAGCAAUAAUUCCUAUCAUGCCUACAGUAUUUUCACUUGAUGACCUAAUGUUGUGGAGAUACGAAAUAACAGUCACUUGUCAGGCAUUGACAUGAUGGGGAAAGUGAAAAUAGAGGGUGAAGGUUGAUUUUACUGUGACCGUGGUAUCAGAUCAGACUGUGUUCCAUUCCACAAGGUUAAAGAAAGGGGGUGAGACAAAGCCUGAGGUACUAGUGUAGAGGGGAAAGCUUGGGAGGAUGUGAGACAGGGGUGGAGAAUGCAGUUCUUUGGCACUUUCAAACUACAGUUCAGAAAAGCAUUAACUUGACUCUGAGGGUUUGUUACAGAUUACUGACUCAGAUCACUUUGAUAUGGAGAGAAGGGAUGCCAACAGGACACUGUUAAAAACUGAUGUGGGUGGGGAGGUAUGUCUAGAUAGGAAAAGAUAUGAGUGGAAUUAGGUUUUAUACGAGAAGACUUUCUUCAAAAGCCAUGACUACCAGUCAAUAAAUAGCUGGUUUUGGCUGAAAGCCUACCACAGUUCACUUGUAGAAUAGGAGCAGAAAUUAGAAUUUAAAAAGACACAUGAAAGGAAAUGCAGAAAGUUUGGAACAAUUAAUGACAAUGAUAUAAAUUGGAAUUUAUAAUGAGUAGAAAAUGACAAAGGGAGCCAGAAUAACCUGGAGUAGUCCAUGACAACGGUAAGACAGAUUUAUUUCAACUAUAUUGAGAAGAAAAGAAAGCAUAGUAAUGCUAUUGGAAACUGUCACUAAAUGGUGACGGUAAAAAGGCUGGUAAGAAUGUGCAAGGGCAUAAGUCCUCAAUAUUUUUUUCUGGUUUGUUUUUGUAAAGAAUAUGGACUCACAUUAAACAAAGACAAUAAAAUACUUUUUCAGACAGCUUUCAGACUGUUUGCUAAGAGAGGGAAGAGUUAAACAACCUCGCCUGUGAGUCAAAAGAAUUAAAAUGGCAGUCAAAUUAGUUACUUCUGAAAUCAUUAUCUCAGGAGACUUGGGGCAUACUAACCUUUAAUAAAUCCCAGCAUUGCAGAAUUUCCCCCCUAAACUUCAUCUUCUUUAGUAGUUGAGAUUCAGAAAUCACCAAAUGGGUGUAUUUCUGGAAGGGGUCAGAAGGGGCUUCAGCUGGGACCAGUGCCAGUAUUGAUAUUCUUCAACUUACUUACAAAUGAUCUAGAAGUAAAGGACUGAUGGAGAGAGAAAUAAUGACAAAGGUAGGAUAGAUACAGAGAUCUAGAUGUAGCUACCUGCAAAGUCACAUAUGUACAGGUAAGGACUGGAAGCCAGAUUUUUAGAUUUAUAUUCUGGAAGCUGUAGCUCUUAAAAGAAAUCCAGGCACAACCCACUGAACAUCAGGUCCCAGUCUGAUCCUGAGACAUAAAUGGUUAAUUUGAUCUGCAGAUACAUAAACAAGGGCGUAGCAAAGAGGAACAGGGAGGUGACUGUAUUUCUGCAUAUAGUGUUAGUGGAAUCAGGACUGGAUUACUGCACAUUGCAAAACCGGAGAGUUGCAGAAAAGAGACAUAAAAUGAUUCAAGGGCUGGUGAGAGACACAAACAGUUCAAUCUUUAUCUUGCAGAAAAGACCACGAGAACGGCUGUAUUGCACUGUGUAAAUGCUCUGUGGAGUUUCAGUAUUGGGUACUGAAGAUCUAAUUAUUAUAGCAGAGAAAGGCAUAACAGGGAUCAGCAGCUAAAUAUUAUAGCCAGAAAACCUAAAAUGAACAAUUAGAUAAAAUUUUUAACAAUGAAAUUAUUACCAGCUAGCAAGGGUAAUAGAUGAGCCUGUCUCUUGGCAUCUUAACAUCAUGCUGGAUAUCUUCCUGGAAACGGUGUUUCAGCCAAAUGAAAAUAUAAGUUGAUAGUCCCAGACAUGAGUAACUGAGUUCAGUUUAAUGGGCAGAGUUUUAAUGGUAUGUAGGAGUCCAGAUUCCUGGUAUGCCUGGCCAUAAACUUGAUGACAACCAUGGAGAGUGAUGUUCAGCUUGGGCUUCUUCACUGUCAGUGACAAUAACACAAUGGUGACAAUGGGUUCCUGAAACAGUGACUCUGCUUUCUGAAUUUCGAUGCAUGAGGGCUCAAAAGAGGACUAAAGAGUUUGCUGAUUUGCUGCUGUCAGUUGUGAAUGUUAAUCUGGGGAGCUGAGACCCUUCAGAUGUAAUUGCUGACUCUAAUGCCAGGAGAAAUUUUAUAGCAUCAAUCUAAAUGGGUAUACAGUGGCAGGAUGCAUCACAGUGAGUCUUGUCUACUUGCUGUUUAAGAUUAAAUUAGAAGACAAGUGCUUAGACAGAAGAUCAUUUCACCUCCUUUACCAUUUUGACUGUGGAGGAAGUGAUAGCCACUUGGUCUGUAGCUCUAUUUCUUCAUCUGAAAGUACAGUGGUUUUGGAGCAUUCCUCAUACAGCAUUACAAAGGGAUUUGUGGCCUUUUCCUUGGCUGAAUACUUUGGGCACUAGCCUUUCUGUAAACUUGCUGAACAGUAGUGUGAGUUAGAAUGCUAACCUUCUGUCCUCUAAGCUUCAUUGGCACACUCUUUAUCGGUUUAGCAAAAGCUGGUGCUUAAUGGGCCCUUGAAGAUGGAGGGGUUGCAUUUCUAAGUGGGAGAUAGUCUCCGUGGACACUCUCAAAGGCCAUUUUGGCAGCCCCACUUGGCUGUCCCAAAAGCCCGGGUGCAGGAUGGAACAAAACCAGGAGGCAAAACCCUGCUUUAUCUCCACGCAUUAACACAGCUAAUUAACUCCCUUUCGGCCCUUCCCCCUUCCUCCCCAGCCUUCAAGGCGAUUAAUCCCCUAUCAGCCUCGGACUCCAGCCAUUUGAAGAGCCUGUGUCUGCAGAGGUAUUUACAGCCCCAGCCCGCCAGCAGAGCGCAAGGGCCCGUUAUCAGGGCUGUAAGACAAAUGGCUGCCUAUCUCCCCAGUGGCCUUGCAAAAUCCAGCAAAGUGCUAUGCUGUGCUGGCCACCUACUUUCACCCAGCCUCCCUUCUCUGCUAACAUUUCACAGAUGUGACCUGAGCCCUCCCCUUUCAUUGCUUAACAAUAAGCAGCACCUCCCCAGCUCUGUGAAAGCCGAGAGCAAGAGCACUUUACUUCUUAGCCUGCCAAGAGCCACACGGGGACAAGGCUUUUCAAGCUGUCUCGCUGAAAUCCAAACUAAAAGACUCAUAAUAAAUGAGAGGGCAGUGCUUCAUGUCUGCAAGGAUAAAAAGAGGUAACCAAAAUGUAGACUGAAAUAUCUAGCAUGGCUCACAGCUAUCCUCAUUCCUCGUUGGAUUUGUCCUAGGGCUUGGUGUGUGUGUGAAACUGAACUACAGUAAUCUCAUGGAAUUACCUGGCAUUUAUACAAGUGGUUUUGACAAACAAGCCUUAGAACAGUGUUAGAGAAGAACAGAUUAGUGUGUGCCUGACAACAGUCGGAUUUCAGAUCCGAAAAGUGAACCCAGAACCUGGCCCAGUGGGUUAUUAGUAAAAGCAUUGGCACCUGGAAUUCUCUCUUAAAACUGAAGUCGGCCAUCCCUAGAAAUAAUUUCAUGAUGGCUCUAGCUGCUAUCUUCCAGCAGGGUGCACUAUGGUGCCAGCAAUGUCAGUGAGCUCAGAAAGGAAACCACAGAAAAGUAAAACAGAAAGAAAAGCACCAAGAGCAGCAUCAAACCGAGAAGGUAUGGCCUGAGUUUCUGGACUGUGUAUGAUAUACUGGCCUCCUGCACUGCAGGUAUAGGGAAGAUACUCUCUCCCUUCCAAACCUAGGCAAUUUCUGGAAUUGUCACUGGGUUUUUCAGUAGCUUUCUUAGCAUCA